AUGUCGAUCAAGAAUGUAUGUUUUCUCAUGGUGGCUAUUUGCAUUGCAACUUCUGUGAAUGCUCAACUACCUCAAUUUCCGCUUCCAUUUCCAUUUCCAUUUCCUUUCCAACCUAGUCCUGGCAUGCCAGGAAUGCCAAAUAUAACCAAAUGUUUGUCAACUUUGAUAAAUAUUCCGGGAUGCUUUGCAAAGAUCUCUCAAUCUAUAAUAACCGGAAAAUUUGGUAACAUAGGUCCUGCCUGUUGUAAAGCUUUUCUAAAGGUUGAAUCAAACUGUACACCAAAUCUUCCAUUCAAUCCGUUUUUCCCUCCUAUGCUAAAGCAACAAUGCUCCCGAAUUGCUGGUCCUCCAACCACAUUGUAG